CUGUAUGAUUAUAUGCAUAGGGAUACGCAGAUAGUGCGUUGAUAUUAUAAUAGUUUAAAUUAUUUUCUCGAACAUUAAUCGUAUUAAUUGCCCUACGGCGAAAUGAACUGCAUCUAAUAUCCUUCACAUGGCUGUGAGUAGACCAGCGGUGUUCUAAAGAUAAGCAGUGUUUGUCUUAUAUGUGAGAACAGCUGGUGAAAAUGUAUGCAUCGACGCCACCAUCAGCUGUCGGCUCUAACUAAAUUAGGCCAUUGAUUAUUGAUCGUCCCUCGUGACAACCGGAUGGAGGCUGCACUCAAAGGCCGUAGUGGACUUUCAAUGAAGCUUUUUGCUGUUCGGUUGGGAGAGAGCACGGUCGGGAAUGAUUCAAUUUCAGUAACUCCAUUAUUAAUUCAGCCUUUGUACUGUCGCACGGUGCACAGAAGAAUUGAUAUUGACACGCAGAAAAAGCAGGAAGGCUGAGGUAGAAAUUUAAACCAGCCUUUUCGCUUAAAGAUGAAAUAAUACACAAAAGGAUCGUAUUUUCUACAUCUACACUUUUACACACUUACCAGCACAACUUUUAUAAAUAUCAUUUUGCUUUAAUGCUGUAUAGAAAUACGACAAUGCAAUUGAUGAGCAUUUGUUUGAAAACAAUCUGGCAAGCCUGUCUAAAAUAAUUAUAAAACGAAACUUUAGUUUAUAAAAACAUUACUUAAGUUGGUUUAAUGGUCGGAGAUUUCAUUGAUAGUGACAUUAGUUUCUCACAAAACAGCAUCGGUUCCAAAUUCCAUUCGUCCCGUUUAUCCGUCCACAGGAUUUACUAUAGACACGUAUCGAUGAAUACAUGUCCAGAACUGGCCAUGUUAAAAUCGACGUUAUAGAUGUUCAGAAGAAGAAGAGGCAGAAGAAGCGUUAGAUGUUCCUCAAAAGGAAUGAUUGAAACAAGACCAAAACCAACAAGUUAGCAUGUGAAAACAAUGUAACUUUUCACCGGUGAUGGACAAUCGCGAUCAUCUGCAGUAAGCAGGAAGUUAGAUGGCAAACGCAUCAUAACAUAGUUAUGGAUUCAAUGCUAUUCAGGAUAUGAAAUAACCAUGCGCUACUAAGAAAAAGCCGGAACUAAACACGGACAUCUACAUAAGAAGCUUAAAUUUCUGUGCUGCCCAUUCAGGUGUGGUCGUAAGAACCAGAAAAGAGGAAGCGGUGGCUGCGAGAGGAAAUGCAUUUUUGGAUUGAUAAACGAUCGCAAGCGUGUGGUUUCGGCAGAGCGCGUGUGGCAGCAUCUUUAUCGGGUGGUGGUGGUCUAGGGUUUGGCCACCCACGGCGCGUGCCUCGGAAAUCAAUGGUCACUCCAAUACAUCGGUUUCAAACGGUCGACUGUGGUCGGCCUCACAUCCAUCGCCAGCAACAGUCACAACAGCAACAACCGCAUCCACAGCCGCAAUCGAAUCCGUCUGUCCCAGGAACGCAUUAUUCGUCCACACAAAGUCAACAAUCCUCGGCUCAUCAACACCAGCAACCGCAUCAUCCACAUCAAUCGCAUGCAGAUCCACAGCAUCACCGUCACCAUCCGCAUCAUCCGCACCAUCAUCAAGGCUCUGUACAGCAGCAGUCGCAACCGAAUAAUCAACAACAGCAACAGGUGCAUCAGGUGCAGCUGCACCUCAGUGGUCAAUACAAUUCCCAGAGCAGUAUUCUGCCUGCGCCAACGCCUUAUCCGCAGCCGAGUCCAAACUUACAGCAAAGUUCGUCACCGAAUGCUCUAAACUACCACGUACCUGUGUCGAUGAAUCACAUUUACAGCGCAUCAACACAAUCAUCCGGUGCUGAGAUAGACGGCAUUAGCAAUGUUGGACAGCACAUACAGCCGCACGUUGGACAUGAUGCACAAUUGUUACCGGCGCACCUGAAAUGUGGCAUGUGGGCUUCGUUGGCUCUUGCUACGGUGUUUGUCGCUGGGGCAAAGUUUUAUUUCGACCAUCAGGGCACCGGGUUAGAGGUGUUAAUAUUUUGUGCAUUUUCGGCUACAUUCUUUUUGGCUGCCUGCACCGUAUCGUUAUGGAGACGUCCCCGGGACAUACAGAUCACUAGCAACAAUAUGAUAUCGGACACGAUCUCUAACGCAGAGCAAAGUUCACUACAGAACAACCCUGAAUUUCUAAGCAGCAACCCCUCGCCGCUACUGAAUGGAAGUGCCGGAAGUGGUCCAUUGGGAGGGCUUGUUCCGGGAAAUAUUCAACAGGCUUCGUUGGCAAGCAUAGUAGCACCACCACCACCGUAUCAUAUAGCGAUACUUCUGCCCGAUACUUCGAAAGAGGCGGAGGAAGCCCCUCCACCGUCGUACGAUAAAAUAGUGAUUUAAUAAUAAUCAUCGACUAACGCGGGGGUUUGUAGAUGGAGGUUCUUCUGUACAAAAUGAAAUCGCACACUUUUACAAUUUCCUUGGUAGAAGUAAAUAGUCUUCUAAUAUAACAAUGUCCAGCGCACGUAAAACGUUACUGGAAACGUAUGGGAAAGACAGGUGCAAUAGUGUACUCGAUACGUGUAGUUAUUGCUCGUUAGUUUUAGCCGAUAGUUUUUUUUUACUUCAGACGAUUAAAAGACACAUCAGCGAAGCUACAAAUGGGCCAACUGAGAUAGUUAGCAGAAAAGAAGGAAUGGCUGCUCAAAUCGUGAUACACGAUAGUGGAAAGAAGUAUGGCUCGAGCAAGGAAAAUUAUUAUUGAAAAAUAGUUAAGUGAGGGUUUUUCGGAAUCAUUCAAACAUUUAUUGCAAUGUUUUUUCAUUUUGCGAAUAAAUAAAGCCUAACAACAAAAAGCGAAAAUAGCGACAAACGUGCUACAAGAAGAAACAUACAAAAGAAAUAUUUUUGUCACGAUAUAUGUCAAACGGUGAUUCUUUGCAACUGUUGUAAAACAGCGGUAGAACUAAUGUGUCUGGUUAUUAGAACAGCGUGUAUUAUCAUUACCAGUGUACAGUUAAGACGAAAACAAAAGUAUUAAGCGGUAUUCUCUUUAUUUAUACUAAAGAUAGAUCGCGCAGUAUGUUUUAAUAAAACUCUAUCGACAAGAGCUA